GUUUUACAAAUAUCAUCCACAAACAUAUCAUUGAAAUAUUUAAAUUAUUAUAGACAACGUAUAAAUUUGGAAGAAAAAUUAUAGACAGCGUAUAAAUUUGGAAGGAAAAUUAUUUCGUAAAUGGAUGAAACCCAGAAAAGGACCCCGAAUUUCACCGCAAGCGAGUCGGAGCAGCUAUUGGAAACUGGUGGAGAAAUAUAAAAAUGUCAUCGAAUGUAAGCGGACGGACACUUGCACAAACGCUAAAAAAGAUGUCGUAUGGAAGCGUAUCGAACAUGAUUUCAAUUCACAGUGUGCAUCUGGCUGCCAUCGCAAUGCAAAAAUAUUGAAGAAAAAGUAUAUCAAUCUUAAAAAAGAGGUAAAAAAGCGAGUUGCAGAGGAAAAAAAGUCUCUUUAUUUGAUUGGAGGAGGACCACCACCAAAGAAAUUGUUAACUCAGUUUGAUGAAAAACUUUUGACUGUAUUACAUGAGAAGCAAGUUAGUGGCAUGCAGAGUGUGUAUGACAAUGAUGUGAUUGCCGGAAAUAUUGAUGAGUCCGUAAUAUUGGGGGAAGAGACAUUGGAAAGCAUAAUGGAUUUCGAAAAAUCCACUGAAGUGGAAAAUUAUGAAGGAAUAAAUGCUUUGGAACAAAUAUGAUCCCAGCAAGUUAAAAACACCAAAAAAUUCGAAACUAAAAUUUGAAGAAAAACCCCAAAGAUCUGCGAAAAAUUCUUGGGCGAAGCUAGCAGAUAUGAAAGCCAAGUGGACGGAAGAAAAAUAUGAAGCGGAAAUAAAAAUAAUGUAUGCAGAGCACGAGCAAAGAAUGAAGCUGAUGAAAGAAAAACAUGAUGUGGAAAUGAAAAUUUUAGCAGUUGAUUUGGAAAGAAAGAAAAAGAAGCUGGAAGGGUGAAAUAAAAAAUACAUAUAUGUAAAAUUAUAAACGUAUUUAUUAAACUACAAUAAACUGAAGUAAUUAUCUAUUAAACAUUUUCUGGUAACAUUAGUUAUUGUAUGACUUUCAGCAUUCCGAUUAUUGGGUAUAUUAUCACAGAGUUCGCAAAUACUCAUCACUAAGAAGUAAAAUUUCUAUCUUCCUCCUCAGUACAACACAAUUGAGGAGCAAUAAAUUUUGAUUUCCUCAAUUGUGAGUUCAAAGGAAAGAGUGCUCUUCUAGAAUAUUUCUCUUUAAUACUUAUCUUAUCUUUUCGCUCUAAUAUUUACCGCAAACGUACGUGCUCCUCAAAAUAAUACUCCUCACAAGAGCGCUAAGUUUCUUUUUCUCAUCUCAGGUUUCAGCAC